UCCAGAUGUGCCCAAGCUCCUGGGUGGCAGCAGCUCUGUGGCUCUUGAAUAAUUCACAGUGCCACAGGCAGGCUCAGCCCGAGAGGGGCUCUUCCUGAAUCGCUCUGGCUGUUCUUUCCUCCAGUUCACAAGGGAAAUGUGUGAGGAGCCCUGGCCCUCUGCUCCCCCUGAGCUGGGUCAGGUCCCCCUGGCUCCUCUGCCAGGCUCUGGCUUUGUGCUCCAGCAGCCAGAAGGGGACAUGAAAUAUUUAUGGAGCAAAAGAUCUUUCUGUGCAGGGGGAAGUGGCUCACUCAUCCUCCUGCAGCUGCUCAGAAACCCACAGCACUGGAAGGAAAGCACAAACCAGAGAGUUCCUCUGGGUUUUAUACCUGGUUGGCAUCAAGUGUAAGAGGAGGAAAACCCCAGUUCUUGUGUGGGAUGGAGCAAAGCCCACUGUGAGCAAGGCUUGGGAGAGCCCCAGUGAGCUCCCAGGAAUAAAUCUGGUGGGAUAACAACAUCCAGCAUGAACUUUGCUGGCAUUUAAAUCCUCUGCAGAGAGGCUGUGCCCCGCCAGCAGCUCCUAUCUCAUUCCAUCCCCCUCCACCUCCUUCUCUUUGCUCGUGGCAGAGGCCAAGAAGUCUUGUGCUGGCUGAAAACAGCCCAGGGAAGCUGCAGAACUGCCCUGGUGGGAGCUUUCAGGAUUUUAUUUUAUUUUUAUUACAAGCCCCGUGGCAUUUCGUGUUCUUUUGCAUAAAUCCUGGCUGCUGGAAAUGGGGGCACCGAAUGAAAGCUGAGAUUCUUGUGCUUUCUUUUAAAGAGUUUGGUUUGAGUCCUUGUGGCUGGGCCACAUUUUAAAGCCUCUUUUCCUGCACUGUGAUGCAGGACUUGGAAACACAGAAGCAAAUCCUCCUCACCCAAUAUAACACAGCUUUUUAAAUGGACUUUUUAAAGUUAUUUGUGGCUUAGGAAUGGGGCUGAAAUGGGGCUUGCUUGCUUUGAACUGAAUUUUCACUGAUAAUUGUUACAGCAUGGGAAAGGAACACAGCAGCUCUUGUGUUUUGUGUCCCUCUCCAGGGCUGCGUGUUUGGGAGUCUUUUUUCCCCCUUCCAAAACAACAACAAAAAACCAGACUGAGACCUCAGAGGAAGGGAGGAACUUUUGAUCUGCUGCUGCUGCUGAAGCCCUCUGCUGUUUCCGAGUGUCUCCUCCCGCAGCCAGAGCAGCGAUAAGACACAGGGGAGGAGAGUUUUGUUUGCUGUGAGGAACCCGACCUUUCCUGCAGGAAACCUCUGCUCCCAGGGGAUGGUGGCUGUGCCCAGCCAGCCCAGCAGGAUGGCAGGAAACCCAGGAGCCUGGGAUGCUCCAGCACUGAGGCUGCAGCAACCUCUAGAAAUUCAUCAGAAUGUCAUUUGGGCCGUGGUGUUGAAGCACUGUGCUGGUGGUGGGACAGCUCUUCUAGGGAAGCCCUGGGGAGCUGUCUCCCCCUCCCUGCUCCUGCCUGCCCCAUGGUUGCCAUGGCAAAAGGGUUUUUGAGUAAACAGCCUUUUCCUGGAGAUCAAAGCAGGGAUUGCUGCAGCGUGCAGGUAACCCUGCCUGCCCGGGCCUUUUGGGGAAUGGUUCAUUUAAUCAGCUCAGGGUUUCUCCUGUGUGUGGGUACAGACUCCUGCAGCUGGCACAGAGGCUCCAGCUCUGUGCUGCUCUUUGUACUCACCUUAAAAAAGCCCUUUGCAUUUGCUGUGGGCAGGCCCUGACCUGCUCAGCCAGGGACUUUUGGGAUUGCUCCCCCUUUGAUAUGGAUGUUGACUGGAGAUUUGGGCAUUCUUGAAAAUCCUGUAGCAUAAAGAAAUGUUCAUUAUCCCAUGCACUCGACUGCUGGGCUAUGUAAAGCAUCUGCAGCCUUUGGCUCUCUGAGGCUGGCAGUACCUUUUCUUUAAAACAAACAGCAAAGGGAGCUGGUAGCAGGCUCAGAUUCCCCACAGUUUUCCUUAGCCAAGGGAGGUUAUCACAACUUGCAGGGAUGUCUCGCAGGGGGAGCAGCCUGAGCUUGGCUGGAUGCCUGUGGGGAUCUGUUUGUGUGAGCGCUGGACCAGAGCAGGCUCUCCAGGCUGCUCAGCCCUCAGUCCCUGAGGAAUCCCGUGGCUCUUUGUGUCCCUUUAAAGCUCCACUUGGCAGCAGAGCUGCAGCCCUUCCUACUUGGCCUCCUGCUGCUGGAGCUUUGUACCAAACUUCCCCCAGAAGUUCUCGAACUUUGUUGUUCGAGCGUAGCCGAGGGAAAACCCAGGAAAACAAAGAGAUCCCAAACUCUGCUGAACAGCUCACCAGCUCCCAGAGGAACAACAAUCCCUUCCCUUCCUCCUUGCCCCAGCUGCAGGAACAUGAAUCCCAACCCCUCCCGGAUCUGGCAGCUCCCUGGGACACGCAGGGCUCGGGAGCCGCUGCAGGAUCAGCCCCGCUGGGAACAGCAGUGUGGGGGUGGGGUUUGCUGGACCGGUUUCCAAAUUCCUACCAGUCCAGAAUUCGGGCAGAACUGCAAAACACCCCCAGGAACUUGAGCAGGGAGGGUAGGAGAGGAGCAGGUGUGGGCAGAUAUCAGCACGCAGUGGGACAGGGCAUUGCCUGGCCCUGGGAGCUGGGAAUGCAGCAGGGACAUCCCAGGGUCCCCUCCCUGUCCUCAGGGCAGCUCCUCAGCUUGGCCAGAGCUGCAAAGUGGAAAAAGUGAUGCAGGCCAGUGGCUUUUGGCACUUUGCUGCGUUUCCAGGGUCAGCAGUUUGCUGUUCAGAGUAGCACAGUUGAGGUGGGUGGUCACCCCUGCUCCAGCUUUGGGGCCGUGUCUCUGCCAGCUGGGAUGCUGUGGGUCACACCUCUGGGUGACAUCCUCCUUCCCUUCUCUCUGCCUGGCCAUUCCCAAAGGCCUGGAGGUCUGAAUCUUCUUCUGCUGGAAAUCUGGGCAGCAGGUUCCACGAGCUUCAGCACUCAGCCUCCUGGCCAGUGGCUCUAAAUCCUAUUCUGGGUAAAACUGGGGGGCUUUCCCUUAAAGCAGAGGCAAACCAAAUGAUUUUCAGCAACCCCCAAACAUGAUUUAUGUGUCAGGCAAAUUGCCACGGCCCAGCUGAGUUCAGGAGAGCUCCUGCAGGUACCAGCCCAAAGGAGAACAGAAACCUUUGUCUGCCACCCUUUGCACAGGAUAAUGCUGCACGAAGAGGUUAUUGAGGCAAUAAUUCCUUGUGAUUGCACAGCCUUGUCAUCUGCACACCCUGGAACGCUUUAGAAAAGACCUGGUGUCAUUAUCCUGGCUCUGAGAGUGAAGGCACAGACAGGGAUUUGCCUGAAGUUCCCCUGGGGGUGAAUGGCACUUGGGAAUAGGUGCUGGGUGCUGAGUCCCAGUGCGGGGCUGUGACGUGAGGCCGCAGCUUCAUGAAAAGAAAAGCAGAGCAGACAAGAAGCCUUAUAGGCAAAUCAGUUUUCAAAGCACCUGAAAACUUUGUUUAGGACUGAAUUGCAAAGAGCCACGUUCCCACUUGGCUGGAUCUCCAAGGGAAUGCUAAGGAGCAGAGUUUGCAUAGGCAGGAAUAUUUAUGAACUCCCCGUGGAUAGGAGACAGCGCCUCAAAACCCAGCUUCAGCCCAAACCCUGCAAGGGGGGAUAGCUUGCAGCUUUAAACUUCAUUCUGUUUCAGAUGUAGCCUGAGAGUUGUCAUUUGGAGGGAGGGAGGGACGUCCUUUUGCAGACCUCGUGGCCUGGAGUGAUCCAUUGACUCCCUGGAACUGUUAACCAGCAACACUCGGGCUGUGUGAUGCAUCCAGGCACCCUGGGCUGGGAAUUUGGGGAUGAUGAGGACAAGGGGUUGUUGUUUCUAGGGAGAUGCCAGGCAGCAGUGGAAAACUCAUCAAGCUCUCUGCCACCCCUGCACUGCAUUGUCCUGGUGGCCAGGUGGGCCAUGGUCCUGGUGGCCAGGUGGGCCAUUGUCCUGGUGGCCAGGUGAGGCUCUGGGGCUGUGCUGGAACUGCUGCCUUCAUAAAAGCCAGCAGGAAGCUUGUCCUGGGUCAAACUGCAGCUCUGCCCCUGAGCUUUGCCCUUCUGAGAUGCAUCAUCUCUUUCAGAUGCUGACACAGGGCACUUGGGGCUGGGGAAUCUUCCCACUGAAGCAGCAACUUCUUCCUUUUUGCUAUUUAUAUCUGAAAUGAUUCUUGGAGUUUUGCUUCCCAUCCCGUAACAAAGUGAACUCGGUGGCCUCCAAAUGCUGAUAACUUGGUGAGAAAAGGGAUCCCACUCACAGCCCUCCAAGCAGCAAAAGAAGCUUUUUGCAACAUCAAAACCAUUUGGUUGAACUCAAAGGAGUUUCAAUUUGUGCUGCCAAAAUUGCAGUAGGGAUGGGAAUACUUCUGCCAUCUGUGGGGGGCAGUCCAAGGAAACAUUUUGUCAUCUUGCAGUGAUUUAAAUGUGGAGAACUCAUCCCCAGUUUCCUUAAGAUCAGCAGGGAGCUCUGCACUUCGCCAGGAGUAUUGACUUUGUUCUCCAUAAAGUUUUCUUACUCUGAAACUCCCUAAACUUCGUGUUCCUUGUUUCCUGACCUGCAUCUUCUUCCCCCCACUCCUUAUGGGGACAGCCUUUUUUUCAUUUCUGAUUUCAAAUAUUUUUCUCUGUAGGUUAUUUUGUCCGGAAAAGGGGGCAGAAAAGGUUUAUUAUAUUUAAAGUCUCUGAAUGGUGUCCUUGUCCGUGAGGGAAAAUUGGCAAGCUUGCAGCCUUCUCUUACAGAGAGGGAAUUAUUUCACUUCCACCUACAGCAUACUUGCCAUGUCAGGCCAGCUUUUGACAUUUGUGCUGCUCUGGGAUUGCCAAGAGGCUUUUGGUGGCUUCUGGAUUGUUCUGUGCCCUCUCUGGUGGCUGCUGAGGGCUGGCUGCAGCUGGAGCUGGUGGCUUUGGCAGCUCCCAACGCCCUUGGGUGUUGUCCCCUUUUGUCUUGGUGCUGCUCUGGCCUCGUGGGGCUCCAGGAAUGGGCUUGGGAAGGAUUUUGUGGUUCAGCCCCCAGCAGAGAGCAGGAGCAGCUCAGCCUUGCUCUGGGCGAGCCUCUGGUGGAGCAAUUUUCACCUGGGUGUUUUCCAGAUUGGAGCAGGGCAUGGAAAAGGAGUGUCCCAGCUGGCCCCAGCCCUGCUGCACGUGGAGCUGGCACUGCAGGGACACUGCAGGGACACUGCAGGGACACCCCCGUGCUCCCUGGGAUGGAGAGGAAGGAGCCAGAUGUGUCCACAGGGGUGCCCCAGCAGGGCUUGCCUGGCAUCACCACCCACGUACAGGAAAAGCAGACAGGAAUCCUUCCCAGGCAGCAAAACCACAGCAAAGGGAGAAGGGGAAGAGCCAGAGGAGCUGGGGGCUGGUGCUGCACACAGGGAUCAGCUGCUGGGUGUGAGGCACAGAGCAGGUACAGAGACAAAACUACACAACCCCCUGCUCCAGGAGCUUUGUGCCAUCUCCACGCUCUGGUGGAGAGAAGGUGGGCCAGCUGUGAUGGGUGGCAGGAGGGAACCUGACAGAUUUCCUUCCCCAGCUCUCUCUGCAAGUGCAGCACGGUUUCCUUUAUCAGAUUUGGUUUUCUUAUCUCCGCAGCCCCUGUGUGCCAGCUCAAGGCUGUGCCGGGGGGUGCUUUCCACUGUGGGUGACAAGGACACCUCAGAGCUGGCCCAGAAACGUGGCAGGGCCACGUGGGUGCCGGGGUGGCAGUGGCAGCAGGAUGCUGUGGCUUCCAGAGCUGCUCACACAAACACAGAGAGCCCCAGGGCUGCAGCCUGGGAGGAAACGGUGAGGGCUGGAGCUGUGCUGCAGCUCCUGGGCCAGGCAGGGUGGCUCUGGGGCAUGGCAGGGCCCUGGGCCUGCUGGGGGCUGCAGCUCUUGUCACGGUGUCACAGAAUCACCUGGGGAUAUCCUGAGCUGCAAGGGACCCACCAGGAUCGCCACAGUCCAGCUCCUGACCCUGCACUGGGCCCCCAAGUAAAAACUAAUUUAUUAAGGCAGAUAAAACCCAAGAUCUGGGAUGUCCCCAGAGCCAGCCUGGACAAUCCCAGCCCCUGCAACCUCCCACCAUGUGAGAGAAGGUGGACCAGGUGUGAUGGGUGGCAAGGAGGGCACCUGAGAGCAUUUCCUACCCCAGCUCUCUCUGCAAGUGCUCUCUCCAGGUGCUCCCACCCUCCCAUCUCCCCCUCCUGCCCACACAAGGGUCCCACAAACGAUGGACAGAGGGGUCUAAACCCUUUCCAUGACCUCCUGAAGGCUCUUAAUGAGAUUCCUUAACUGCUGCAGGGGUGGACUGCAGACCCAGCACAGGAUUUCCCCACAACCCCACGAGUGUUCACAGACAUUCAGAACACCAACAGAGACCAAACCCAUCCACAGGGAUGGCCCUGGGGGCUCUGGAGCCCCUCUGUGACCCCAGACUCCUCUGCACGAGCAGCACAGACCCAGGAGAAGCUGGCAGGGACCCUCACCUGCAGUGCCCUGGCACCUCUGUCCUCAGGGGCCCUGGUGGCCUCCUGUGCCCCUGGGCAGCACCUGGCAGGAGCCUUCCCACCUGGUGGCUUUUGCUUUCCACCCCCCUGGCCCUCUGUGCCUCCAGGGGAGGGUUUGUGGGCACUGCCCUCUGAGUGCCAGCGGGGUGAGGAAGUGCCAAGCCCUGCUGGGGCCAGCAGCUGUCCCACCCUUGGCCACUGGGCAGUGUUUGGUGACACUAUCUCUCCAGAUAAGCUUUUAACGUGUGGUUUUUCUCUUUGUUUUCGCCAUGUAGAAAGUUCCAGGCGUUCAGACACGCCCAGGAGGCAGGAGCUGUCCUGGCCAGGGUGGGAGGAGCGAGCUGGGGCUCCCUGCCACCUUGGGGGCACCUGGGUACCUGGGCAGGAGAGGCUGCUCCUGGUUUGCCAGACCCAAAAUCCUUCCAGAUCCUGCUGUGGUGAGCACAGGAUUAAGAUGAGCCAUGGGGAAAAUCGAGGUGACCACCGUUUAACCUGAGUGGACUUUCUCUUAUUAAUUUAAAUUUAAUGUUUAUUAGUACCUGGGCAGGAGUGGCUGCUCCUGGUCUGCCAGACCAGAAUGCUCCAGAUCCUGCUGUGGUGAGCACAGGAUUGAGAUGAGCCAUGGGGAAAAUCGAGGUGACCACCAUUUAACCUGAGUGGACUUCCUCUUAUUAAUUUAAAUUUAAUGUUUAUUAGUACCUGGGCAGGAGAGGCUGCUCCUGGUUUGCCAGACCCAAAAUCCUUCCAGAUCCUGCUGUGGUGAGCACAGGAUUAAGAUGAGCCAUGGGAAAAAUCGAGGUGACCACCAUUUAACCUGAGUGGACUUCCUCUUAUGAAUUGAAAUUUACUGUUGCCUGUUGCAAAGGUUUUUUGGAAAGGAAAGGUUUUGUGGUGUCUGCGUGCAGAGCUCUGUGUUUUUGUUUUGUUUCACAUGUUUUAUUUAAGCUGUCACAAAGGUUUUCACAGGUAGUGAGAGCAAGUUCCUUUCUCUUUCAACCCAGCUGCCCAAACCUGUUCCUGUGUGUGCAGCCAGAGCAUCCCCUGGAGCUGGGAGUGAGCCCAGGGGGCUCUGAGCUCCUUGGCUGGGCUUGAUUUGGGGCUGGGGGCUGUGCCUGUGGCUGUCACUCGCUGUGUGGCUCAGACAACUCAGAAAUGGAGCUCCCAGUGACUUUUGGGGUGGCUGUAAUGGACUGGAGGCUAAAGCAUGGAUGGUGGAUUUGCAGGAGCUUUGAUGUGGCACAGGAACCCCGUGUCCCCCCAGCUGCCUGGGCUGAGGAAGUCCUUGGAUUUCUUGUGCAGAGGAAAUCAUUAGAAACAGGAUGUUUGCUCCCUGCACACCCACAGGGCCCCGAGCAGCAGCAGCAGGAGGUGUGGGUGCUCCCAGCUCUCCCAGCUGCUGAUGUCACCUCGAUGGCAGAGCACUCUGCAGGCUGGCCCUGCUCCUGGGAGGGUGAUCUGGGACACUGCCAGCUCAGUUUGUUAAAAUUGCAUUUUUGGGCUGAAAGGAGCUCGUUAUUUUUUUAGCUGCUCUGGCCACACCCAGAAUUAUUCUUUGGCAUCCCUGCCCUGGUUGAAAACACACACUUGGAAGUUUCCCCGUGUUCCCAGUGCCCAGCUGCAGCCUGCUGGGCCUGGAUGAGCACACAGGGUCAUGCUGCUCCAGAGGGACUGCUGCUGCUCAUCUCCUCAUUGCCAGGCUGCAAACCUGGCUGGAAUUCUGGGAGGUUUGCUCUGGGGAGCCCAGGAAGGGCUGGUGGCCACUGCUGGUUUAUUCUGCUCUGCUGAAUGUGCUGAGGAACAGCACAAAAACAACGGGCUGGAAUGAUGCUCCUGGGGCUCUGUGGGGUGACAGUGGGGCACAGGGCACUCCUCUGCCUGGGGACAAUUCCUGCCUUUCCACGUGCUCAGGAAGCUGCUGGUGCUCUGGUUCAAGGCUUUAAACAACAACCAAGUGUUGGUAUGUCCCACUGACGCCCUGCUGGCCCCAUCCCUCCUGCCAGACUUCCACCUGCAUGGGUGGGCAUUGCUUCUCCUGGUUUGGGAAUGGUCCAGCUGUCUUCCCCCCAAAUGUUCCUCUCCACCUGCCUGUUUCAGCCCUGGCCCCUGGUUGUUCUCCUCCAGCGGUGCCUCUGUCACACCUGCCCAGGUUUGUCCCCUCAGUUUGUCCCUCUCUGGCUCCUCUGAGUGCCCUGAGCAGUUCCAGCUUUGCUGCAGCCCAGCUCCUGCUCCCCCCUGUCCAGAGCAAAGCAGCUGUCCCCAGCAGGUGACAGGGCUGGGGUGUGGCUUUCCUGGAGCUGCAGGAUCAAACCCUGGGGAAUGGAGCUUGAACCUUCUCCCCUGAGCUCCCGGGCCAGUGCUUGGAGCUGCUCUGAGUGACGUGAGCCCCUGUGGAUGGGUUCAGAGAGCUGAGCUGUAAACACUGCUCAGGCCUGUCCUCGGGGUCACCUCUGGCAUUUCAGCACUCUGGAAUGCUGCCCUGUGUCACCUCCACGAGGAGGAGAGAGCUUCUUGGAGAGGUGAAGCAUCUCUUGUCCCCUGUAAUCCUUGGCUGCUUGAAAUGGUAAUCAGCUGAUCUGAGCAGCCCCAGAGGGGAGCAGGGAAUGCAGGGCAGCUCUGCUCAGCCUCUGCAGAGCUCAGGGGAGAGAUCUGCAUCCCUGAGCUGCUGGGGGCAGCUGGGAGGGACAGCAAGGAGAUGUCUGGGACUGGCAGGGCUCUGCACAUCCCUGGGGAAAACGGCAGCAUGUGGGGAAUGUGCCCUCCCUGUUUAUCGACAGGCUUUCCCCUCAAACUGCUCAAAACAAGAGAGCAAUGAACUGCUGAGCAAGAAAAAAAUAAAAAUAAAAGCUGGGGAAAUAAAAACAGCUAAAAAACCCUUCCCUAAAGACACGAGAGCCCUCCCCAUCCCUCCCUUGGCAGGGAAAACCCAGCCCGCAGCCUCUCAGCCACGUCAGCUCGCAGCUAUGACAGCUAUCCCACCCUGCUGGCAGGGAAGGGAUGGAACCGGGGCAGCUCCAAAUCCCGAGGCUGCUGCUGGGGUGGGCAUCAGCUACAGGGCUGCUGGGGGUGUCCCGGGGAGGGUCACCCUGCUGGGGGUGCCCCAGCCCCGGGAGGGUCCCUGGCAGGUGGGCAGAGGGUGGCACCUGAGCCCGGGGCUCCUGGCAGUGCCCAAGGGGAGCUCGCCCAGCUGGGAGGGGCAGGAAUCCAAGCCAGCUUUGCUCCUUUCCCCUCCCCUUGCCCAGCGGGCCCCAGCCUGGCUUUAACUCUCUCUUUGCC